CAGGCCAGCCGGCGCCAUUUUGAAAGUGGAGUCGCCUGCCCUGCCGCCGCUGCCGCCGCCGCCGUCGCUGUCGUAGCCGCCGCCGCCGCCGCUGGAGAAAGAGCAAGAGUGGGGAAGACCAAGAGUGAAAUCCACCAUCCCGCCGGCUGGUUUGCCAGCCCCUCCUUCCUUCUCCCCCGACCCCCGCCCCCUCCCCCCACAGGUGCCAUCCGCCGCCAUCCGCCCUCUCUACCCCCCCAUCCCCAGGUGAGGGGGGUGAGUUCAGGAAGCGGAGACCCCGAGGAACCCAGCAGGGUCACCAUUUGCAGCGCAACAUGGCAGGAGCUGGAGGAGGGAAUGAUAUUCAGUGGUGUUUUUCUCAGGUGAAAGGAGCAGUAGAUGAUGAUGUAGCAGAAGCAGAUAUAAUUUCUACAGUAGAAUUUAAUCAUUCUGGAGAAUUACUAGCAACCGGAGAUAAAGGUGGUAGAGUCGUCAUCUUUCAACAGGAGCAGGAGAACAAAAUCCAGUCUCAUAGCAGAGGAGAAUAUAAUGUUUACAGCACCUUUCAGAGCCAUGAACCAGAGUUUGACUACUUGAAAAGUUUAGAAAUAGAAGAAAAGAUCAACAAAAUUAGGUGGUUACCCCAGAAAAAUGCUGCUCAGUUUUUAUUGUCUACCAAUGAUAAAACAAUAAAAUUAUGGAAAAUCAGUGAAAGGGACAAAAGACCAGAAGGGUAUAACUUGAAAGAGGAAGAUGGAAGGUAUAGAGAUCCUACUACAGUCACUACACUACGUGUGCCGGUCUUUAGGCCCAUGGAUCUAAUGGUUGAGGCCAGUCCACGACGAAUAUUUGCCAAUGCUCAUACAUAUCACAUCAACUCAAUUUCUAUUAAUAGUGAUUACGAAACAUAUUUAUCUGCAGAUGAUUUGCGGAUUAAUCUUUGGCACCUGGAAAUUACAGACAGGAGUUUUAAUAUUGUGGAUAUCAAGCCUGCCAAUAUGGAGGAGCUGACAGAGGUGAUUACAGCAGCAGAAUUCCAUCCAAACAGUUGUAACACAUUUGUAUACAGCAGCAGUAAAGGAACUAUUCGGUUAUGUGACAUGAGGGCAUCCGCCCUCUGUGAUAGGCAUUCUAAACUGUUUGAAGAACCUGAAGAUCCGAGUAACAGGUCUUUUUUUUCUGAAAUCAUCUCUUCAAUUUCUGAUGUAAAAUUCAGCCAUAGUGGUCGAUAUAUGAUGACUAGAGACUAUUUGUCAGUCAAAAUUUGGGACUUAAAUAUGGAAAACAGGCCUGUGGAAACAUACCAGGUGCAUGAAUACCUCAGAAGUAAACUUUGUUCACUAUAUGAAAAUGACUGCAUAUUUGACAAAUUUGAAUGUUGUUGGAAUGGAUCUGACAGUGUUGUCAUGACUGGAUCUUACAAUAAUUUCUUCAGAAUGUUUGACCGGAACACAAAGCGAGACAUAACCCUAGAAGCAUCACGGGAAAACAAUAAACCUCGCACAGUUCUGAAGCCACGCAAAGUGUGUGCAAGUGGCAAGCGAAAGAAAGAUGAAAUAAGCGUUGACAGCCUAGACUUCAACAAGAAAAUACUUCAUACAGCCUGGCACCCCAAGGAAAAUAUCAUUGCUGUAGCUACUACAAACAAUCUGUAUAUAUUUCAAGACAAAGUGAAUUAGGGUUGGCAUUCCUAGCAGAAGAGCCCACUUCCUGCUUAGUUGAGAUAGUUGAAUCUAGCAUUCAUACUUAAAAAAGAGAGGUCCAUUGUGGCGCCCCUUUUCCAGUGUUUGACAAUGUGCCAUUCGACAACACAUUUUUAAUAGCUACAUGGAGAAAGCUCUGUGGAUUCCUCACUGUGGUGUUCUCCAUGUCUGCUAGCCAUUUAGGUAAGGGUAGGGCACUUUUAAUUUAAAUGACUUCUUGCACCAUCUUGCCUAAUGGACUAGAUUGGACUGUAUCAACAUUGAUUUACUCCACUUUUUAUGCCUUCCAUUGUGAUGACGUCAAACACAAGUGAAAGCCUUCAGUCAUGCUUAUGGGAUUUAAUUGUGUAUCCUCAUUACUGUAUCAUUUGUGGGGUACACCCCUCCCCCCUUUUUUAAAUUAAAUACAGCUCAUUCUUACUGUG